UUCAAGGACCUGAAGAUCAAAGCCGAACGACGCGCUAAGUUGCUCCACCAUGUAAUGGCUGAGUACAACGCAAUGACCAAGGAGUAUGAAAUCAUGAAAUCAGAAACGUCUAUCUUGCAGCAGAGGAACACGGAGAUGUAUGAACUUAUGGUGAAACAGGAGAAGCAAGUGGAAAAAUUGGAACAAAAUGUCCAAGUUCUCGAGGCCGAAAACAACGAACUCAGAAGAAGCAGAAUUAUUGACGCUUCAACGAAACAGUAA